ACUCCUCGGACCGCAGCAGCAGCUGCAGCAGCGGCCGGAGCGCAGAGACUCUCCCCCCAUUAAAGCGUCGCUGCUCGGAUCUCUUCUGUCUCUUCUUCUGCCUCCUCCCGGACCCCACCGCAGCCCCCAGCCCCUCAGCAGGAUGUCGGUACGCGGUCAGGCAUUGUCGGGGCGAGCCGAGUCCAGCGGACGCCUCCGCCGCGGAUUUUUUCGAGCGUGACUGGAAGGCAGCGGCGCGGCGAUGGAUGCGGUUCCGAGGAGACGAACCGAAUUGUGAUUUUUCUCCGGGAUUAGCCGGCUAACGCUAGCCCGGCUAGCGACCCCUUAGCUCGGCGGUUGGGUUCUGCUCUCCCUCCCUUCCCUUCACCGCUGGGUUCAUCCACAAAACAACAAUAAAUCAAGGAUUUUUGUUUAUUUAUUUAUUGACGUGAAGACAUGUCGGAGACGUCCCGGUCCAGCGGAGCCCAUCCCAGCGGGGUUCUAGCCUCCCAGCGGCGCCGCUAGCUAGCCGAGAGCACCGAUAACCUUCAUCUUCGCCUCCAUCCUUGUUUUCCUCUGGUUCGCCCGUGAAGAUGCUGGCAGGGACGGCGUGUGUCUGACGGCGGAGCCGCUCCACGGAGGUCAUGAGACGGAGAGAAUGAUCAUGCUGGAGAAACAGAGCUCGACGCAGGAGAUCGGCGAGGAGGCGGAGGAGGAUGCCAUCUUCACCAUCACGCUGAGGAAGAUGCAGCUCCACCAGUCGGCCAGCAAGGGGCAGCGGUGGCUGGGCGUGGAGACGGACUCCGCCCUGAGCCUCUACGAGACGUGCAAGGUGCGGACCAUCAAGGCCGGCACGCUGGAGCGGCUGGUGGAGUACAUGGUGUCGGCGUUCAGGGGCAAAGACUCCACCUACGUCACCAUCUUCCUCUGCACCUACCGCUCCUUCGCCACCACCAAGCAGGUGCUGGACCUCCUGCUCAACAGGUACGCCAAGCUGCAGAACGUUCCUGCUGCCUCUGCACACAGAGUCUCCCAGGACGACUGCACCGAGCUGAGAAACACCGUCUCGUCCAUCCUGGGCGCCUGGUUGGACCAGUACUCCGAGGACUUCUGGAGCCCUCCGAACUACGAAUGUCUGCACCAGCUGCUGACCUACCUCCGCCUCCACUUCCCCGGCUCGGACCUGGAGCGCCGCGCCCGCAACCUGCUGGCCCACUUCCACCGCCGACAGCAGUGUGAGCCCGAUCCCGAUGGGGAACACAUCGGCUGCCCCUUCGCCACGCAGGAAGAGAGCGGCUUUGAGGACGAGCUUCCUGCCUUCAGCUUCCUGUCCUUUGACCCAAUCACGGUGGCGGAGCAGUUCACGCUCAUGGACGCGGAUCUGUUUAAGAAGGUGGUGCCGUACCACUGCCUGGGCGGCAUUUGGUCUCAGCGGGACAAGAAGGGCAAGGAGCACCUGGCUCCCACCAUCAGAGCCACCGUGGCCCAGUUCAACUCGGUGACCAACUGCGUGAUCACCACCUGCCUCAGCAACCCGGCGCUGAAGCCCAACCAGAGGGCCCGCUUCAUCGAGAGGUGGAUCGACGUGGCGCGGGAGUGCCGGAUCCUGAAGAACUUCUCCUCUUUGCGAGCCAUCCUCUCUGCCCUGCAAUGCAACGCCAUCCACCGCCUGAAGAGGACGUGGGACGAAGUUUCUCGGGAAAGCGUCAGAACUUUCCGCGAGCUCUCCGAGAUCUUCUCCGACGACAAUAACUACUCCUUGAGUCGAGAGCUGCUGGUGAAGGAGGGCACCUCCAAGUUUGCAACCUUAGAGAUUAACCCCAAACGAGCUCAGAGGAGACACCAGCAGCAGAGAGACCUGGGAGUCAUGCAGGGGACCAUUCCCUACUUGGGGACAUUCCUGACGGACCUGGUGAUGAUGGACACUGCCAUGAAGGAUUACACGGAGGGCGGCCUGAUCAACUUUGAGAAGAGAAGAAAGGAGUUCGAGGUGAUCGCUCAGAUCAAGCUGCUCCAGUUGGCCUCCAACAACUACAGCUUCACUCAGGACAGCCACUUCAGGGAGUGGUUCGCCGCCGUGGAGAAACUCAGCGAGGCAGAAAGCUACAACCUGUCCUGUGAGAUCGAGCCUCUGUCGGAGUCGGCCAGCAACACGCUCAGAGCCAAGAAGAACGGCGGCAUCAUGAAACGGUGGAGCGACCGGCAGCUGACGGAGGCCGGCUGCAGCGGCGGCGGCGCCGGCUCCCAUUCCAAGUCCUUCGACCACUCCCACUACCGGCCGUACCAGGGGGGGGGCGGCGACAGCGGCGACGCCCUCAGCGUCACGUCCGUCAGCUCCAGCGGCUCGGACCUGGAGGACGUCAACACCAGCUUCCUGUCCGACUCACCGGAGGGACACGAGAGGAAGACGUCGACGCCGUCGGUGAAGCUCACCGUGUCGGCUUUGGGGAGAGACGCUCCGGCGGCGGAGACGACCUCCACGAAAGCCGGCGAGGCUGUAGCCUGCGAGCCGGCGUCAGUAACGCCUGUCCAGUGUCCUCCUCAGUUCUGGGAGUCCACGUCUCUGUCCUCCCUGGACACCUCCGGCAUGGGCUCCAGCUCCGGCUCCGCCUCGGGCUCCAGCAGCACCUCCUCCUCCUCCGUCUCCUCCUCCACGCCGCUGUCCGCCUCACGCUCCCACAAGCGCUCGGUGUCGGCGGUGUCCAACUACUCGACGCUGUCGCUGCCGCUCUACAACCAGCAGGUGGACGACUGCUGCAUCAUCCGGGUCAGCCUGGACGUGGAGAACGGCAACAUGUACAAGAGCAUCCUGGUGACAAGUCAGGACAAGACUCCGGCGGUGAUCAGGAAGGCCAUGAUCAAACACAACCUGGAGCGGGAGAAAACCGAGGACUACGAGCUGAUGCAGAAGAUCGCCGAGGACAAAGAGCUCCGGAUCCCGGACAACGCCAACGUCUUCUACGCCAUGAACUCCACUGCCAACUACGACUUCGUGCUGAAGCGGCGCGGCUCGGCACGGCCGCUGCGGGCCAAGAACGUUGCCAGCUCGACGCUGCCGCGCAUGAAACAGAAAGGACUGAAGAUCGCUAAGGGGAUUUUCUGAGGUCUGCCGCUCUCCACCUCCUGGACUCCCAGACGCCUCCUCCGGUCUGCCGCCUUCAGGAGACGAACUGACCCCAGGUUUCCACGUGUCGGGGUGGACGGAGGCGGAGACGUGGCCUUUCUGUGGCACUUUGGCACUUAACUGGAUGAGCCGCAUCUUCAGCGCCUCCGGAGGACCUUUUUUAAAAAAGCUGAGUCUCCAUGAGGGAGGAGCUCUGUAGGAAAAUGCCGGAGCUCUCCGUCGGCCUCCCUCCGCCUGGUUUGGCUAAAACCUUCAGAUUCCUGAUGCGUCACAUUUUGUUUACAACCGUUUACAUCUCUGUUCAGCCCCCGUUUUUCCUCAGCGAGGGAAUCUUUGCACCUUCAUCGUCCCGAGACGGAAGACGAGCCCCAGGGAGCGCCGCUCUGUUCCCAACGGCCUGAAUGUGCUUCGGGUUUUUCCCCACAGAAGCUUUGGGCUCUGUCAGCAGAACCAGGAGGAAAAGAUGCUUGUCUGAACGCUGGCGUGUGCCCAACAAGCGGAAAAAAGCUACAAAAUGGUGUCAAAAUCCAGUGAACACAGCCAUGAGCUCUGUGUCCGUGUCUUAAGACCGGAUCAGAACCACUACACCAUGAAGGCGAAGCCCAGCGAUCGCACUUCACACAGACUGAACCAACCGAAUGUAAAUAUGAACGACAAAAUAUCCUGGAGGAAAAAAAAAGAAAAGGACCCUGUGCUUUUUGUUAAUAGACUCACGAUAUCAACACUUUUUUAAUGUUUUUAUUUUAGCUUUGUGUGUUUUUCUUUGUGUCUGAAACGGUGCUGUUGGUCGUCUUUCCUGAAGUUUCACCUGAUUUCCCUUCGUCCUCCAGACCCCGAGGCGCCGCCAUGUUGGAAGAAACUAAACAAGUUAUAAAAACGGCGAUUUAGAGCUUGCGUCUGCACGGAAAUAAAAAAUAAAUGAGUUAAUAAUAGGAACGGGCAAAAUGAUGGAAGUGGCCACGAUCAAACUAUUAAGAAAAUAUUUUUGUUUGCUAAAUUAAAAUAUGAAUAUCAAGUCUAGAAUUAAAAUAUUUAUUUUAAAACAGUAUGUUAUAAACUUAAUUUCAGUAUUCCACGUUCUACAGUGCCUCAGUAAAUAAAACUUUUACUUUUGUCGGUCAAUUAAUCCUGAUACAUUCGUUAGCUCAGCAGUUAACCAAUCAGCUUGUCUCUGGCAGCUUUAGCCCCGCCCACUGGCUUUUACGAUGUUCUGUGCAGAACCAGGAAAUAACUGAAUAAAUAAUAAAAAAAUCAUAGCUGAAAUUAUCUGAUUUGAUUGUUUUAAUUCAUGAUGCCAUUAUUUGAUAAUUUAAUUAUUUAACUAAUUAGAGAUCCGUUUACUUAUUUAACCACUUUUUAUUGCGUAUUUAACGAGGUAAUGAAUUUGAAUCCUUCAAAAUGAUCCAAAAAUAACUCUUGUCUAUAUAAAGAAACAAAUGUAUCACUCAGGUUUCCUAUUCAAUGAUUUUAAAAAAAACAGCAAAAGUUAAAUAUCUAAACUAAAUAAAGCCCUUGAGGAUUCAGACUUUAAAUUAUUUUUCCUGGAUCCACCCUGAAGUGCAGAAACUGGAAAACAAUCAGUGUUGAUUAUUACUAUAAUAAAGAUGAUCGGGUUUCUUCUGGGGAAUCCUUGGAUGUUUCUGUCUGGACCUUGUGACCCGCUGCGGUUCAGAGGUCCGUUUCCUCCAACAUGGCGGCUCAGGCUGCAGAUUUAUCUCUUUAUCCGGAUGUUUCCAGCAGGGAUCAGCCUCGGUUUCUCCGGGUCGCCGGCAGCGUCCGGGUCUGAGAUGAAUGUGGAUCCGAGCGGACCGACCGGGACGCUGCUGAGCAUCUGUAGAGGGAAAGUCCAACCGAACACGCUUCUCUCUGUCUCUUCCUGAUGUCUGAUCCACGUUUCUCCUCCUAAACGCUUUGUUGCGUCGCGUCGCGUCGCUUCAGGUUUCCUUCACUCUGUUGCCUCUUCUUCCUCUCAUCACACUAAAGCCGCGACUCUUUUCCAGCCGCCUUUCACUUUUAAGCCCCGAGUAUAAAACCUCUCCAUCGCCGCAGUCUGCAAUGUGUUUUUCAUUUGGUGCCAAGCUGCUUUGCUUUUCAGGCGCUGUUGUUUUGCAAAGCAUUCUGGGAAUUUACAGGAAAGCACUAAAAUAAUUCUCCUGGAGGGAACACUAAGCGGGCCGGUGCCGCUGUCUGGUCCGUCGGUCAAACGCGUGACGAGCCCCUCAGAAGCAAUAUGUUAACGAGCCGUCCGGCUGCGAUUGAUGUCGUCGUGAAACACUGUGACCUUUGACCCCCCCACCCCACCCCUUUGCUCCGCCCGGUGAUCGGCACUGUGAACCGAACUGUCGUGACUCUCUCUCUCGUGUUGUCCGCCCAGCGGUUCUGACCCAACGUGUGCCAAAACAGAACCGCAGCGGGGGAAUAAUUCAGCGCGUUUACCGAAGACACUAAAGGUCCAGAAAAACACUGAGUGACGGACAUUUUCACUCUGAUGGCGAUGAAACGGCUGCAGAAGCUGAACUUUAGUGAAGUUAGCCUGCUGGGAUGCUACAUUUUAGCCUUUAUUUCUUUAAUUCACUCCAUUAAAAUCAGUCAUAUAAGGAAGAAGUUCCAUCCAACCAAGGAUGAAGAAACCUACUAUCUGAAACGUCACUUAGAGCCAAAACAUAUCUUUUGACAACAUAAAACUGAACAUUUGCUGUAUUUGAUCCACGGUGACGUCGGGUCACAGCAGGACCUGAGCUGCAACAGGAAGUGUGUGAAAGAAAAGUUUAACUAACGCCUUCAUGGCCAUGAAAAGGAAAUUAUUCCUUCAUUUAACCGUUAAUAACCUGAAUAAAAAUAACCGAGUGCCCUGAUUUUAACUAAUAAGAGGGAGGAGGAGCAGACUUUGGGAUUUACUUUCAGUAUUUGUCCGUAAAUAAACUAAAAACUAAACUAAAAGCUUCCUGGUUGUUAAUCUUCUCCCCAAUCUGGAGUUAAACUUUCCUCCUGCGGUUCCUCGUCUGGUUCCCCAGAGGAACGUCUGGCUUCACCAUAACGUUCUCACCCUUUUCUGAUGGACCGUGUGUGUGUGCUUCGUCGUCGCCCUUGUUGAAAAAUGAGUUUUGUGAUUCUGUGAGAGUUUGAAAAAAUAAAAAUAACGUCUCAGUUUUACAUGAAGAAGGAAAAAAAAAAAAAAGCCCACCUGGGAACAGAUCAUUUUUAUUCCCUUUGCUGUUCUGCUUCCCCUGGAUUUCUGCUUCGGUGCCAUUUUUUGUUUUCCUGAAGAAUUUCAACCUUUUCUUACUACAGCUUUUAAUUUUUUUCUCAAGAACAAAAACCCUGUGUUGACAAACUGUCUUUGGUCGUGUCUUAUUUAUUGAUUUGUAUAUAAAGAUUUUUUUGUUUUGCAUUGUACAUUCUUUCCUCUUGGUUAUAGAUUAAUAUAUUCAUGUAUAUACGAAUAAACAUUAAGUUUGUAAAGUUAAA